UCUCUCUGAGGAGAGGAAACGGAUCAGGCCAAGUGUGGCGUGAAGAACCCUAAAUCUUCCUUCUGGGCGUUUUGGGAAUUUCGAACGGCGUUACUGGUUACUCGAUCGGGUUCUGUGCGAGUCCGAUUGGACGGAUGCGAGCGAGCGGCGGAUUGCGGGGAACCGAUCAGACACUCCCUGGCUAACGUGGCUCAUCGUGCUGCCGCCGGCGGUUUUCUUCGCGGGAAGAUCGAAGUUGAUCCGAUCAGCUUCCUGAUCUAUUGGCGCCUUCUUUCACUUUAGAAAGCAUGGUUUUUUUGAGCGUUUGAGGUGAAGCUGAGGAUUCAUGGUUGGCAUUCUUUUCCAGGUUCCUGAUCAUGGAAAAGGAACUUAUUUUUGUUCUUUUAUGAAUAUCAUUAUUUGUAUUUCCUUAUCAACUUUCUAUUAAGUAAUACUAUCAAAAAGUAAAAUGGGGGGCAAUUGCUCUGUGGCUGUGAAAGAUAAACAUUUGCCAAACCCAGCUCAGCUUGAUGUUCCACUUUCAACAUGUCGAAACGCAAGGUAUUCUCCCAGUUGGAGCUUUCGGUGUGACAACAGAACACACAUAGAGGUUGUUAUGGAUAGCUCUCCUCAAAUCUCUCAUCAUCCGAAUUCUGGAAAUGAAGUUAAGAGUGAGUUCCUCCUCACUGAAGCUGAAAGAUUAUCUGAGACCGCUGGUCCGUCAACUGCUUUCCAAUUACAAAAAGGUGAAACACCAAUUAAAAAUGGAAGUUCUAGGAUGGCAACACAUGAUAGUGCAGUUGAUCAAGCCAAUGGAAGCACUUCAUCUCCCAAGAGAAAGAACAGCUCUCCUAAGCCUUCAUUCUUGGCUCCAAGUGCUUCUGAUACGAUUAUCACAUUCUCAGUGCCUUCAACUCCUUCCCCUUCGCACAAAGCAGGUUCAUCAUCUUCAAGGAGUCGUCAGGUUCCGUCCGGCCCAACUUCUUCAAAGAAGGCAGCUUGCCGGUCGCCAGACAGCAGAAUCCCUUCUGUUCAGUCUCUUAAGGAAGACAACUCCCCCGAGGGAAGACAGUCAUUUGCUCUCUCCGUCGGAGGUUCUCAUGGUGGAUCUUCGAAUGGGUGGUCCAUGCAAACGUUCUCCGAGCUUGUGGCCUGUUCGAACAGGGAGAGAUGGUCAUUCGAGAAUGACAACCUCACUCCCAGCAGCACUACGAUUUCCAGCUCGAAUGAUCACCAGCAGACCUGCAGAAUAUGCUCGACUCCAUUGACAGAUUACUGCAUUGUUGCUGUUUUGGUUUGCGGGCACCUUUACCACGCUGGGUGUUUGGAGAAGAUGACCAGUGAAAUUGACCAAUAUGACCCACCAUGCCCUCUCUGUACGCACGGACAAAAGUCAGCAGUGAAACUGUUCAAGAAAUCUGAAGCCAAGGCUAAGAACAGAUCGUCAAGGGUUGGAGCAGCUGAUGAUGGAAAAACACUACUGUACGAUGGCCAAAAGGCAGCUGGGGUAGGACUAAGGAAUGGAGCUAGUUCCAGCACAAAGUUCCCCUUCAACUUGAAGCGAUAUUUCUCCUUUAGCAGACCAUCAAGGUCGAAAUCUGAAAAUGAAUCUAAGAGAAUGAAAGGCUUCUGGAGAAGAAGCUCUCGUUCAUGAUGGUGUUCGUCCUGAGUUCAUAUAUCGUAUGAAGUUCCUGGCUUGGGAAAGGCAGACCAAGUGCAAGCUUACAGUUUAGAUGCAGAAGGCAUUCCUGGAUUGACCUGUUUGAUGCUUUUGCCAUCUCUUGCAAUUUUCCUAGAUGUAUGGAAGUAAUUUCUGUGAAUUCAUCUCUGUCGUUUGCAUAAUAACCGGUGUAAAAUCAUGUUAGCAUCGAUACGAUAAGGGUCUAUAUCUUUGGUCA